AUGAAGACCAGAUAUGGCUUCAUCAGCCAACAUGAUACAAAAGACUUCUUUGACCACCAGACCACCAUUCAAAACCGCAAGCCCAGGAAGUACCUACCAAGUCUAGGAGACAGCAAGACUGUGGAGUUCGACGUGGUACAGAGCCAGAAGGGUAUGCAGGCCUCCAACUUCACAGGCCCCAUUGCAGCUGCAGUGCGCGGCAGCACAUACCUGGCCCACAGGGGCCGUUCCCUGAGCUGCCGUCGACGCAGGGCUCCUCGGCGCUAUCUCCCACAGGGUCACCUCACCAGCGACACGGAGGGCUCUGACAGCACCUGGGAAGACCAGGACCCACCUAGGAAGGCCAGGCCCCACCUUGCUGACCUACAAGGCUGGCCAAGGCUCCCACCCUGCUAUCAGCAGAGACCCUAUGGGCGCCAAAGGCCGCAUUCCCACACCCCACUGCCAGGGCAGGCUCAAGGGGUUCAAGAUGCCCAGGGCCCGGCUGCACCCAAACACCAAAUGCACACCCAAGACCAGGGAGGAGACCCCCACGGCCAGCAGCCAACUCUCAGGCGCUCUCCACACAGCCAGCCAGACAGCCUGAAACACCAAGAUGACACAGAGGUCAGGGCUGCCUAG